UUAUAUUGUUAUAGCAUCAUUGCGGCUAGCCGACAUUUGUACACCUUGUUGCGAACGGCCUGUUUCAUUUUGUUUUAUCGUUAAGCUUUAAAACGUGUCGACUAUAUAGAAGUAGGUGAGGUCUCGAGGGGAAGAGGUAACAGCUGCGUCAAGCUUAUAACAAGUUGUCAGCGUUAUUAGCCAUUAAACGAUAACAGUGAAAGGCAUUAGGCUAACGUGCUAGCCGUGAGCGUGUCAACACAUUUUUUUCGGAACUCCAAUAAUUGACGUCUAAAGGCUGAAGUCAUGUCGUUGGCAUCCUGAGAUACAUCACAGGCAGUCAUGGUUGGUGACGAAUGAAAGCGACACCGAGUUAACUAACGUUAACGCUAGUUAUCAACGGUCUGCGGAGUGGGGAGAAAUGAAUAUGCCGCUGGGAAGGAACGGGUUAAUCGGGCUCGCUGUCGGAGCUACAGCCGGCUGUGGCUUGAUUGCCUUCAUAAUUUACAAGGAGAUCGUUAGGAGAAGAUCCCAGAGACUGGUGCUGGAGGCCCGGCCAGCUUCCCGGCUGUUGGACGGAGUGGAUAUAGCCGUGCAGCAGCGGGAUGCCAUGGAUGCACAGGAGGUGGAGGCCCAGCAGCAGGCUCUGGCAGCCGUGGAGGCAGUGGUGCAGGGCCUGUCUCUGGAGCAACAGCUGGAGUUUAGGAACCAGCUGGACGAGGUUCUGACCUGCGUUGGAACGCUGCGCUCAGAGGUGGCAGAGCUGAGGGGCGGCCUGCAAGACAUAGCCCAGCAGAUUAUUCAGGACGUCAAAAAGGGAGUGGAGGACACUCAGCGGGUACGCCGGCGGCGCCAUUUUGUCCACAGAGAACGCACCGACUCCACCGGCUCCAGCUCCAUCUACUUCACAGCCAGCCAGGGCGCAGCCAGCACGUAUGAAACCACCAGCGAAGGAGGGUACUCGACGGCCUACGCCGAGUCCGACUACACCGACCGGGACACAGACAAAGAGGAGGGGGAGCGGGAGCCUGAAGAGGAGUCUGAGGAAGAGGAGGAAAGGAGCUGCGCCACUGUCCUCACCAUCCGCCAGGAAGACUCCCAGGAGGAAGAAGUGGAGGAGAGGGGGCUGGAGGACGAGGAGGAGGAAGAGGAGGGAGAGGAGGGGAGGCUUCAGCCUGUGACUGAAGUUCCCAGUGGGGAGCUGGCUCUCCUCCUGGCUCAGAGUGACAUCCUCCACACAGGAGACGCCAGUCUAAAGGCAGAGGGCUUUCGCCUGCUGCUAGACAACAGAGCAGAGUAUGGAGACAGCAGGGAGUUUCUAUGGCGACUGGCUCGGGCAUACAGGGAUAUGUACGAAUCCACUGAGGAUAAACAAGAGAAGAAGGCCUACGCACAACAAGGUCGAGAGGAGGCCGAGUUGGCCCUGAAGAAGAACGGCCUGAAUGCUGAGUGUCACAAAUGGUUUGCCGUGCUGACAGAACUGACCUCCCAGCAUGAUAGCAUGCACAGCAAACUGAAGAGCAGCCAUAUAUUAAAGGAGCAUCUGGAUCGGGCCCUCGCCCUCCGAGAUGACGACCCCAUGUGUUUCUACCUGCUUGGCCGAUGGUGCUACGAGGUAGCCACUCUGGACUGGUUGGAAAAGAAGGCCGCGGCGGCCCUCUACCAGAGCCCCCCCGCCUCCACACUGCACGACGCGCUUGAGAACUUUCUCAAGGCAGAGGAACUCAGUCCAGGUUUCUCCAAGACAGUGAGACUUUACAUCGCACAGUGUCACAGGAAGCUGGGGAACAUCUCUGAGGCCACGAACUGGACCGAGCUGGCUCUGAAGAUGCCCACAAACUCCAACUAUGAUGAAACGAGUAAACUGGAGGCUCAGCUUCGAGUCUUGACUGACACAAAAACCUGAAAUGUUUUUUCCUGAGAUCCAGCUAAUGAAGCCACUCAACCGAUGGCACUGAUUGGCUAGUCAGGCCGCCAAUCUGUGUCCAUUUUUUUCCCUUCAUUGGUGGAUAUCUACAUACUGUCACUGUGAAAUGAAAUGGAGUUUGUUGAUAUUAUUGUAUAUUUUUUUUCUUUACUAUUGGUUAAUUAAGUCAGUAUUGCUUUAAGUAGUAUAUAUUUUAAUGUAUGUGGUAUAUUUAAAGGUAUAAUAUGUAGGGGCCAGACAUACAGAGAAGAGAGAGUGCAGCAGGGGUUGAGCGAGCUAGAGAGUGAAUGAAGACAGGGAGCGACCAAAGCAGUAAUCUGGAAUAAAAUGCUCUUCUCUCA